AUGGAAGGCGGCGGUGUCCAGAUCGUCUCCCGACGCAUGGUCAAGCCGGAGUACCAGAAGAGCUCACGGGCGCCGGAGCCCGAGACCGUCCACCUGACGCCAUGGGACCUGCAGCAGCUCCCCGUGGACUACGCCCAGAAGGGCGUCCUCCUGCCCAAGCCUCCGGCCGGUGGCGCGCACGCCGUCGAACACCUCGCCUCGUCCUUCGCGCGCGCCCUGGCCCGCUUCUACCCCCUCGCCGGCCGCUUCGCCGUCGCACCGGUGGCCAAGGACGGCGAUGGGAAGUCACCGGGCCUGACGAUCUCGCUCCGCUGCAGCGACGAAGGCGCCGAGUUCGUCCACGCCGCGGCGCCCGGGGUCACCGUCGCUGACCUCACCGGCACGGUCUGCAUCCCGCGUGUGGUCUCUUCCUUCUUCCCUCUCAAUGGAACGGUCAGCGCGGACGCCGUCGUGGACCCCAGCCUGCCCGUCCUGGCCGUGCAGGUAACCGAGCUCGCCGACGGCCUCUUCGUCGCCAUGUCGCUCAACCACGGCGUCGCCGAUGGGACCACGUUCUGGGAUCUGUUCAACGCAUGGUCGGAGAUCAGCCGCAACGGCGGCGACGCCAACGGAGAUAUCUCCACGGUGCCCCCACCACCCAAGAGGUGGUUCAUCGAGGGCUGCACCGUGCCGAUCCCUCUCCCCUUUGCCAAGGCGGACGACAUCCCCAGGCGGUUUGAGUACCCGCCGCCGGUGUAUGAAUGCUCGAUCCAUUUCUCCCCGGAGAGCGUGAAGAAGCUGAAGGCGAAAGCGAACGCUGAGAUGGCCGCCGGCACGGCCACCAUCUCCUCGUUGCAGGCCGUGGUCGCGCACCUGUGGCGGGCUACGUGUCGGGCCCGGGGGCUCGCGCCGGACCAGGAGACCACGUGCUUGCUCGCCGUCGGAUGCCGGACGCGCCUGAAGAGCAUGCCGCCGCUUGGCGGCAAGCGUGUUGGCAUCAUCGGCUUGGGGAACAUCGGCUCACGGGUUGCAAAGAGGCUUGAAGCCUUGGGCUGCAUCAUCCACUACAACUCGAGAAAACCAAAGGACUCGGUCUCUUACAAAUACUUCCCAAAUGUUCAUGAUCUUGCAGCUGAAUCCGACGUGCUCGUUGUCGCAUGCGCACUGAACAAGGCGAUGCGGCACAUCGUGGACAAGGAUGUGCUGGAGGCCCUCGGAAAGGGCGGUGUGGUCAUCAACAUCGGCCGAGGAGCAAACAUCGACGAGGCGGAACUGGUCAUUGCACUCAGGGAGGGGAAGAUAGCAGGCGCGGGCCUUGACGUCUUUGAGCAUGAGCCCAAGGUGCCGGCAGAGCUGUUCUCCAUGGACAAUGUGGUUCUGUCGCACCAUGUGGCGGUGUGGACGGAGGAGUCCAGGUCGGACCUGCGCGCUCACACCAUUGGCAACCUUGAAGCCUUCUUCUCUGGUCAGCCGUUGCUCACUCAAGUGGAUGCUGAUUCUCUAGUGCAGUGA